AUGUCAGAAAUAAAUCAGGAAAAUGCAACGCCUACUGGAGAGAAGCGAGCUGCCGACCCCUUAUCGGUAACCCCGUCGACGGCCAAGAAGCGCAAACUGAACAGCUCCGCCAACGAAUCCCCGUCCGCGCAAGGAGCCUUUAAUGCGAUUACAUCGAAAAUUUCCAAUUAUUUUGGCUUCGGCCGGACAGAUCAGGCGGCGUCGAACGGGGCGGCGAGUCCAUCAGCCUCGAGUGGCACUAAUGAGGCACCGAAGCCGGCAGUUCGCCCUGCGAUCAAGUUGAAGGCGCUUCGUGGGACAAUCUGGGACAAUGAGGAGAAGCCUCGCUUGCUUGCUUCUCCAUCUAAGGGAUCACCCGCGAAGCAACGAGGCAGAGGAACACCCAAGGGGACACCCAAGGGAACGCCAGGGAGGAAAAGACAGCCGCGACUCGACGAUACCCCGACCAAGCCACGCUCGACCGUGAAAAAGAUAGCGACGACUCGCGACGCGAUAGACAAUGAGUUGUCGGAGGACGAGCUGACCAGCGACAAUGUGGGGACACCGAUCAAACAGACGCCGGGGAAGAGGCUGUUUGGCUCGACCGCAGGCUCUCCAGCUCCUAAAUCGAUCCUGACGCCCUCGAAGAACAGAAACCAGACGCCAAAGAGCGUCAAAUUCGACAACAGGAUCGAUGGCGAGGUCUUCUUCGACGACCUACCCAAGACAUCGCCGACCAAAAAGACGGCGAGCCCACGCAAGCCCAAGGCGCAGCCGGUGGUGACGAAUGAGAUUGUCUGUGGGAUGUGCUACAAACCGCACUCCAAGGCGCCGAAUCAGAUUGUCCUCUGCGAAAACUGCGAUUAUGCUGUCCAUCAAGAAUGCUACGGGAUCCUGGAGAUCCCCGAAGGCGACUGGCUGUGCAAGGCGUGUUCACAGGAAGAUGCGCUUGUGCCUCGACCAGAAGCGGCAGUGGUACCCACGACGAUUGCAACGGCACCCGUUGAAGCAGUUGAUGUACCUGCGAUUCCUAAUUUCGACCACCAUUUACGGUCCUAUCAGCGGGUGUUGAUAGACCGAUGUACGGGCCAGCGACGGAUUGAAAUAUUUGGGCUCCAAGAUGUACACGAGAAGGCGCACCAGCUCAUCGAACAGACUGUAGUUGCCGGUGAGGGAAACUCGAUGCUCCUUAUCGGUGCCAGGGGCAGUGGGAAAACAACGCAGUUGCUGGAGAACAUCAUUGCAGAUUUAUCAAAGGACCACGGGCGGGAUUUCCACGUCGUGAGGUUAAAUGGGUUCAUUCACACUGACGAUAAACUUGCUCUGAGAGAAAUUUGGCGCCAGCUUGGAAAGGAGAUGCAGGUCGAGGACGAUAUUGCAAACAGAACCAACUAUGCCGACACCAUGGCCUCGUUACUGGCACUUCUUUCACAUCCUUCAGAAAUUAUGGGAACAGAUGAGGGACUGACCUCACAAUCCAUUGUCUUCAUUCUUGAUGAGUUCGACAUGUUUGCCUCACAUCCACGUCAAACUCUACUAUACAACUUGUUUGAUAUUGCGCAAUCGCGUAAAGCUCCGAUCGCUGUCCUAGGAUGUACUACCCGACUUGACAUAGUGGAACUGCUGGAAAAGAGAGUCAAGAGUCGAUUCAGCCAUCGUUACAUCUACCUCACGCUGCCUAAAAGCUUACCCGCUUUCUGGCAAGUUUGCCGACAAGGGCUCAUUGUCGAAAGAAAGGAUGCCCAGAAGGAAGGAAUCGACAUCAACAUGGAGGGCUACAGCGAGUUCCACAAGUACUGGAGUCAGAAAAUUGAUGAAUUAUAUAAGCAAAAAUCAUUCCAAGAACUACUCCAGUACCAUUACUAUACGACCAAGUCUGCGGCAGCGUUUUUCAACGACUGGGUCCUUCCCCUGUCGCUCCUAUCGAGCACCAACCUGGUCAUUGACACGCCAGCCGUGGCCGCAGACUUUACAUCAUUAGCACCGCCGGACUCGCGGAUGCCCCUCCUUUCAGCGCUCUCAGAUCUGGAACUGAGCCUGGUAAUAGCUGCGGCACGACUGGACAUUGUGGCACACACUGACACGGUCAACUUUGCCAUGGCUUACGACGAGUACAGCUCGCUGGUGGGCAGACAGCGUGUGCAGUCGGCCGCUUCGGGAAUGCUUGCGGUUGGUGGUGGGGUGGGUGUCUGGAGCAGAGGCAUUGCCGGAAUCGCCUGGGAAAGGUUAAUCACGUUAGGGUUGCUGGUGCCGUCAGCUGUCGGUGGAGGGAAAGCGAUGAGUCAUGGUGGCUUGGAAGGGAGAAUGUGGAAGCUGGAUGUGGCCCUCGAGGAGAUUCCCUGGGCUGUGAAACUCAGUACGGUCCAGGCCAAGUGGUGCAAGGAGCUGUAA